AUGAAUACCGAUGUGGUGUUUGAGAUACUCUUGCAUCUUCCUGUUCGAUCCCUCUUGAGAUUCAUAGGUGUCCACAAAUCGUGGUAUUACAUCAUUAAUUCUCCACACUUUAGAAAAUUGUACAACUUGCGCCGUAACAACAACAUAGAUGAGGAGGAAUAUCUAUGCUUUACUUCUGAUAUCAUUUAUGGUCGUAAACAAGUAUCGCUAAGUCUCCUAGACAACGGGAAGUCAUUGAUGUCGUAUGACUUUCAGCAUAUCGACCAAAGGAUUCUACCACUUCCUUCUCCUCUCUGUCGUAGACAAGAUUUUAGUGGUCAUCAUGUGGGACUGGGUUUCGAUGAAGAUUAUAAAGUGGUGCAGUUGCUGCGGUGCUUGGUGCACCACUGUUUACAUGCCAAUAUGUAUUCGGCAAGGACAAAUUCUUGGAGUGAAUUGGAUAAUAUUGAUCAAGAUUUGGUCAUCCAGUAUCCCAUAAAGUCGGUGUGCAAGAAUGGAUCCUUUGUCCACUGGCAAGGGUACACAAGGUCAGAGCAUGAAAAUAUUAUAUUAAGUUUUGAUAUGAAGAAUGAAGUGUUUCGAACAAUUACAAUAUCGCGACGGGGUGACCAAGUACUUGAUAAGUACUUUAGGUUCUGGAAGGUUUUUGCGAUUCUUGCAAAGGGUGAGCGCUCUUUUAUUAUCCUUGUUGUGGACACAUGUAAGUUGGAGGUUUUUGAGUCGAGCGGUGAAGGAAGUGAGCUUAUUUGGAAUAAUGUGAAUAAUGUGGACCUAUAUUAUUUUUGGAAUUGCAAUUUUGGGUCGACUUAUGAUAUUCCUUUUUGGAGGAACGAUAAUUGUGUGGUUCUCAAAGGUCGUACAUCAAGAGAAGUGCUUUUGUAUGAUUACUGUGCUCGGAAAUUCAUCAAACGUUUUGAGAUGUGUGGGACUUCGGCCUCGGAAUAUGAUAUCAUUGAGUAUGAAGGAAGCUUGAUUUCACCUUAG